AUGGAUACAGAAGAAUUUCGUGUGCGCGGUAAAGAGAUGGUUGAUUAUAUAUGUACGUAUAUGAACACUUUGCGGACCCGGCGUGUUACUCCAGCGGUGGAACCUGGAUACCUUCGUAAGGAGCUGCCUUCAAAAGCUCCUAUGUAUCCUGAAGACUGGGAAGACGUGAUGUGCGAUGUAGAGCAUAAGAUCAUGCCUGGGCUUACUCACUGGCAACAUCCAAAUUUUCAUGCAUAUUUCCCGAGUGGUAACGCAUAUCCCUCAAUCCUCGGCGAUAUGCUGUCUUCGGGAAUUGGUUGCAUUGGAUUUUCUUGGGCGGCAGGCCCCGCUCUCACUGAAUUAGAAAUAAUUGUGUUAGAUUGGAUAGGGAAAGCUAUCGGCUUACCUACAGGUUUUUUAACUUAUGGGGAGGGCAGCAAGGGCGGUGGCGUGAUUGAGGGGUCAGCUAGCGAGUGUGUCUUUGUGACGAUGCUAGCUGCGAGAGCUGCGGGCAUCAAACGAUUGAAGAAUCAAUUUCCCAAUGUUGAUGAGGGCCUCUUGCUGUCUAAGUUAAUCGCGUAUUGUUCAAAAGAAGCUCACUCUUGCGUUGAAAAAGCUGCUAUGAUGAGCUUUGUUAAGCUUCGCAUUUUACAACCUGACGAGAAUGGUAGUCUAAGAGGGGACACUUUAAGGGAAGCUAUGGAGGCAGAUGUGGAAGCAGGCUUAGUGCCAUUUUACGUAUCAACUACUCUAGGAACUACAGGACUCUGUUCUUUCGACAAUUUGUCUGAAAUUGGGCCAGUAGUACGAAAAUUUCCUUGCGUGUGGCUUCAUAUAGACGCUGCAUAUGCUGGAAGUGCAUUUCUCUGCCCAGAACACAAGCAUCAUUUGGCAGGAGUUGAAUACGCUGAUUCCUUCAAUACAAACCCAAAUAAAUUUAUGCUUACUGCUUUUGACUGUUCUCUUAUGUGGGUGACCAAUCGAAUUUUACUUACAUCGGCCCUUGUUGUGGACCCACUUUAUCUACAGCAUGUCCACGAUCAGACUGCUAUUGAUUAUCGGCAUUGGGGAAUACCCCUCAGCCGUCGUUUUCGAUCGCUCAAACUGUGGUUUAUGUUGAGGAGCUACGGCAUAUCUGGCUUACAGAAAUAUGUUCGACUACAUUGUGAGCUUGCUAAGUAUUUUGAGCAACUAGUUAAAAAAGAUGAAAGAUUUGAAAUAUGCAAUCAAGUUAUGAUGGGGUUAGUUGUUUUCCGGCUAGUUGGAGGACCUGGUGAAACGGAUGAGCAAGUUGAUAAAUUAAACAAGAAACUGUUGACCAAUAUUAACGCAUCUGGAAAAAUUCAUAUGGUCCCGACUUCAUUACGCGGCAGAUUUGUUAUUCGCUUUUGCGUCGUACACCAAUAUGCAACUCGCGAAGAUAUAGAAUUUGCAUGGGAUACAAUAACCGACUUUGCGACAGAAUUAUUGGAAGAACCAGAUAAGGAAAGGGAUUUGGACGAGGAAGGAGCACGAAGGAACCGGGCAGCACUCGCCCACAGGCGCUCAUUCUUUGUGCGCAUGGUGAGCGACCCGAAGAUUUACAACCCGGCAAUCAACAAGACGCCACCGCCGGUGCCCAUCGGCGCCGGCAGCCCUAUUGCAGCUAUGCCCGUAAGACCUUCCGAAGCUGGCUCCAUACAUCUUGUGCCAUCCAGUCCGAAACAAUCUUCUUGGAUAAGUUGGCCGCUGGCAUUCUUCUUUCAAAGUGUUGAUAAUGAUACCAAUGAUUUGCCACUGAGAUUUCGCCACUUAGACACAAAGGUGCGCCUGAAAAGCCCCAGCCAAGGAAGACGCGGGUCUUCUCCAGGUGUUUCCCCAGAACGUCGCGUGCCCUCGCCCUCCGCAAAU